GCCUCGUCCGCCGCGGCGGCGCCGCUCGGUGCUGCUGACCACGCGACCCCCCCCCCCCUCCCGAACCGGAACCGUGUGGGACCCCCCGGUUCGGGAGAUCGGGCCCCGGCUCCGCCCCAUUCCGCCCCGCCCCGCCCCGCCCCGCCCCGGCGGCGCUGCGGUUCCGAGCCGCGGCCCUGGGCCGGCUCCGGGUCCAGCGGGCCCAUCCCGAACCGCCCUUAUCGUUACCGCACCGGACCGGGACCGACCCGGUACCACCCCCCACAUCCCCCAUCACUUAUGGGUCGCCGCCGGGGUUGAGGCCUAAACGGGGGCAGCGAAAGGCCGGAGCCGCGAUGGGAGUGGCCGUGGGCUGAAGCCGCAGCCAGGCCCCCUGGCAGCAGCCGUUCGGGAUGAAGAUGGAGCAGUGAGAGGAGGGCCGGCGCAUGAUGGCGAAGCUGCUGGUGCCUCUGGUUGUAUUGGGGGCAGUGGCACAACGCUGCCCCCCCCGCUGCCUCUGCCCCACAGCCGCCCCCAGCCCCACAUUACUGUGUGCUCGGACGGGGCUGUUGGCCGUCCCACCCAGCCUGGACCGUGGGGCGGUAGAACUACGGCUGGCCGAUAACUUCAUCGGGGCUGUAGGCAGGGCUGACUUUGCCAACAUGAGCAGCCUGGUCCAUUUAACCCUAUCCCGGAACGGGCUGCGCCGUUUGGCACCGGGCGCCUUUGCAGAUCUCCGCGCUCUCCGUGCUUUACAUUUAGAUGGCAAUCGGUUACCGGCUCUCAGCGGCCCCCAGCUCCGCGGCCUGGCCAGUUUAAGGCACCUGAUCCUUGCCAACAACCAAUUGGCAGCUAUCGAACCCGCCGCCUUCGCCGCCUUCGCUUCCACCGUGGAGGACUUGGAUCUGUCUCAUAACAACCUGCCCGCUUUGCCGUGGGACGCUGUGGCUUCUAUGGCGAGCCUGGCCACCUUAACGUUAGAUCACAACCUGUUAGAGCGCGUUCCUGCCGCUGCUCUCAGCAGCCUGCCCCGUUUGGCCCGAUUGGAUCUAACUGCAAAUAGAUUAAGGGCUCUACCCCCGGUCCCGGGUCCUCCAGGCCCCAGUUUAGCAGCAGGAGGGAACCCGUUGCAUUGCAACUGCGAGCUGCUGUGGCUGCGGCGUUUAGCGAAGCCCGACGGCUUGGAGAGCUGCGCGUCCCCUCCAUCCCUUGCAGGACGUUUGCUUUGGGCUGUGCCCGAAGAGGAGCUGGCGUGUCGCGCUCCGCACAUUGCAGGAGCUGCAGCCAGCCCCAGCGCGGUGCUAGAAGGGCAACCGCUGCAUCUGGGCUGCGCUGCCAACGGGGACCCCCCGCCCGCUUUGCAUUGGUUGGGCCCCGACGGGCGCUUGGUGCAGAACGGCUCCCGCCGUGCUGUAGGUGCCGACGGGUCCUUGCAGCUGCGUGUUGCCACGCUGCUGGAUCACGGCGCCUUCACCUGCGUCGCAUCUAAUGCAGCGGGUGAAGCCGCAGCUCGAGUGGAGGUUGCGGUGCUGCCGUUGCCGGUGCAACAGCACCAACAUGGAGAUGGAGAUGGGGAGGCUCAGAGCAACCCCAGCCCUUCAGACAUGGCCAGGGCUGGAGCCAAUGAGUCCGUCCAUGCGGGUGCAGAGCGGCGCAUCGUGGCUGCGGAGCUGACGGCGUCGUCGGCCCGGAUCCAUUGGCUGCCGCAGCGCCACGUCCCGGGGCUCAGGAUGAUCCAGAUCCAGUACAACAGCUCCAGCGAUGACUCCUUGGUCUACAGGCUGCUGCCCCCCUCCACCCGGAGCUUCGUGCUACGCGAUCUGGCCUCAGGUCGUGAAUACGACCUUUGCGUAUCGGCCCUUUACGCCGAAGCCGUCGCGGCUCCUCCCGUGUCCCGACCUUUAGGCUGCGUUCGUUUCUCCACGGCCGGGGGCUCAGCGGGUUGUGCCGCCCCCAGACCCCAUUUCUUAGGGGGCACCGUCAUCAUCGUCAUCGGCGCCGCCAUCGCCGCCUCCGUCCUCGUCUUCAUCCUCAUCCUCACGGCCCGUUAUAAAGCCGCCCGUCGCCCACCCGCCGCCGUCGCCAGCGUCUGUUCACAGACCAACGGGACCCACAGAGCACCGGAACCAGAACCGCCUCCGUUACAACCCGCAGUGAUGGCGGCAGCGGUACCGGCGGCACCACCGACCCUAAACGCCUCCGGUUCCGGUGGUUCUCGAGCCUUGUUUCCCAGUCACAGCUUCCCCCGACGCUCCCGGACUCGGCGGCACGGAUCGUUGCCUCGGCUCGAUGCACCCGAUGCCAUGCCGGCACUGCGCCCGUCCUUCGGCAGCACCCAUUGGAUGCUCGAGAGCACCGUCUGACCGGGGGGGGGCACCCAAGGGUGCUAAUGGUGGUCUAUGGGGGGGGGUGUGCCUCCUUGGGUGCCCCUUGGGGUGUUAUGGCACCCAUUGGAUGCUCGAGAGCACCGUCUGACCGGGGGGGCACCCAAGGGUGCUAAUGGUGGUCUAUGGGGGGGGUGGGUGCCCCCUUGGGUGCCCCUUGGGGUGUUACGGCACCCAUUGGAUGCUAGAGAGCACCGUCUGACCGGGGAGGGGCACCCAAGGGUGCUAAUGGUGGUCUAUGGGGGGGGGAGGUGCCCCCUUGGGUGCCUCUUGGGGUGGGGGUGGGUGCCCCUUUGGGUGUUAAGGCACCCUAGGGUGCUGCCGGUGGUCUUAAGGGGGGGGAGGUGCCCCUUGGGGUGUUAUGGCACCCAUUGGAUGCUGGAGAGCACCGUCUGACCAAGGGGGGGCACCCUAGGGUGCUAACGGUGGUCUAUGGGGGGGGAGGUGCCUCCUUGGGUGCCCCUUGGGGUGGGGGUGGGUGCCCCUUUGGGUGUUGUGGCACCCAUUGGAUGCUGGAGAGCACCGUCUGACCGGGGGGGGCACCUAAGGGUGCUACCGGUGGUCUUAAGGGGGGGGUGGGUGCCCCCUUGUGUGCCCCUUGGGGUGCUAUGGCACCCAUUGGAUGCUGGAGAGCACUGUCUGACCGGGGGGGGCACCCAAGGGUGCUAAUGGUGGUCUAUGGGGGGGGGAGGUGCCCCCUUGAGGUGGGGGUGGGUGCCCCCUUGGGUGUUAUAGCACCCAUUGGAUGCUAGAGAGCACCGUCUGACCUGGGGGGGGGCACCUAAGGGUGCUAACAGUGGUCUUAAGGGGGGGUGGGUUCCCCCUUGGGUCCCCCUUUGGGUGGGGGUGGGUGCCCCCUUGGGUGUUAUGGCACCCUAAGGUGCUAACGGUGGUCUAUGGGGGGGAGAUGGCUCCUUGGGUGGGUGCCCCUUUGGGUGUUAUGGCACCCUAGGGUGCUGCUGGUGGUUUAUAGGGGGGGUGGGUGCCCCUUGGGGUGUUGGAUGAGGUUCUGAGGUGCUGCUUUAGGGGGCUGGAAGGAAGUAUGGGGUGCUGGUGUGAACACUUGGAUGCAGAUGGACCUUUGGGUGCCCAAAUGAGGUGGGGGGUGUGGGGGGUCUAAGGGUUCCCUUGGAUGCCCCUCUAUACCUAUAGGUGCUCUGCUGCACCCAUGGGUGCCAGUGGACCCCUUGGGACUCUGAAUGGACCCUUGAAUGCAGAUGGACCUUUGGGUGCCUCCCAGCUUCAAUAGAUGCCAAUGGACGUGGGGUGUGGGGGGGGUGGGGGUCUCAGGGUCCCCUUGGAUGCCCCUAUAUACCUAUGGGUGCCCCUCAGCACCCUUGGGUGCCAAUGGACACAGCGGGUCCCAAUUCGGACCACCUUCACACCUAUGGGUGCCCCCAUUCAGCCUCAGCACCCACUCGGUACCCCC